AUGAGUAUGAGAGAGCUAGCAGAUGAACAAGAGGAAAUUGAUAGGAGAUACCAAGCCCGAGUCGACACGAAUGCAGCAGAAGAAGCGGCUGUCGCAUGCACCCUUAACCCUCCUUUCCCCCAAGUAGUAGACAUAAUGAUGCCACCAACAACCUCACCUUCCCAUUCACCUUCUCCCCCUCUCCUGAUCCAUAAAGUAGAUGAAGGGAUCAUCUUCCCCGACAGAGAAAUAUACCUAACAACUCCUGUAGCCUAUAUGAUGGGGCUCAUUGAAGGCACACCAAACACCGAGUUUAUGUCGGGACCGACGCGACUGGAAAUACAAAGAGCACUGGAGAUCUUGGAAGAAGAAAGGGCUUUUGUCUGGCAUAUGCAGAGGGCUUUGCAGAUCAGAAAGGGAACCCUCAUCGCCCGCAUCAAUGCAGGCAAAAGGAGGCUCAUAGGACUGAACCAACCUAUGCACCUCCAUGACUUCUUUCACCCCGCUGAUGACAUUACCCCCAUCACUGAGUAUCACGUGCCUACCACGGCUGUGGUAUCUCAUGCCUCAUCUUUGGCAUCAAAUGGCGCACUGCUUCGCCCAAUGCUGGGGACUUAUACCAUGGGACCCAUCAGAGGGAAAGAUGUUUAUAGGUUUGCACAGAUCUCCCCCCGCUAUCACAUCAUCCCCGCACGGCUUGGCAUAGUCCGUUCAUCCACCCAAACUCGACCUCCUCUCCCCUUUACUAAGUACGACUCUAGCGAGUCUGACACCCAACCCGUCAUCCCCCGCCCUCAAGGAGCUUGA